AUGACAUCUGCUGCUCCGGCCAACAAAAGGCCUCCCCUAUGUCCUCCCGACUCCGAAAAUCCCAGUGCUUCGGGUCUGGGAUUUCCCCAGAGCCGAGCCAUUUCUACUGGCUUUCUGGACAUAGACGAGAGGGCAACAAAGAGGCGGAAAGUCGAUGGCACCGAGUCGACCACGAAUGAUGCUGCGACGUCGCCCCCAGCCAGUGCCGAUGCACCGGCCCCGAAAUACACUUACCCAGGCGACCUUCGAAAGAAGGCAGCACCGGAACGGAAACCAACGCAUCGGGCGCGAAACCCACGCCAGGUGCCGUGCACGCCGGAUGCACUCGUAACGCCCCGAGGUGGACCAGCUCUAGUGAACGAUCGACCUGCAGGAUACUUCCCUUGGGGUGUACGACCAAGUGCUGAGGACCAACUGAGUGAUAUCAAUGUGAAGCAAGGCUACCAGGACCGGCCACCGAACCCGCCAGACAAAGAAUUGAACACUGCGAGAGUGCCCUUGUACAAUGCUUUCAAACAUCUCGCUGGUCUCGAAAGUCUGUCGACAGUGUUCUCGAUUGCGCUGGAGGCCAAGUCCAAGCAUAACAUGCUCGAUUCACUUAGCGCAUUCAAGCCACCUCCGCGGGUCACGCUGUCCGAACCUAAGAAGAAGACUUGGAUAGGUGAGUUGGCGGACCCGAAUGUGCAGCUAAAGAAACUCAGUCGAACGAUCCCGCAAGGUAUACGAGGGCUCGGGCUGCUGGAGCAGUGUCUGCAAAAUGUGGUACCGCUAAGUAGAGCAAUUUGGUUCGUCAAAUGUGUUGGAGCAAAUGAGAUCAGAACUCUCAAGCGCAAGGGCACCUCGCAGGCGCUUACGGCCGGCGGUGAAAGGGCAUGGCUGAAAGAAUGGACUUUCAACAUCGAGCAAUUCGUUGAAUCAGUCCUCAACCAGAAUGGACAGCCAUUGUGGAAGCAGAACCUUCAGUAUGCACUCCGACUCACAACGCGGCUGUAUCUGGAAAACUUGCUGGAUCGAGAUCACUUCCUGGACUGGAUUGUCAAUACGUUAGCGACCACCGGGCAUGACCGGAUACCUUUCUGGUUGAUGAUGGCACAUGUCUUCAAGCAAGAUUUAGCAAAGUUCCGCAAACGAGGCCGCAGGCUAGCAGAGACUCUGCUUCGAAGAUUUAUUAUGUUGAGGGAUUCAACCAAUGUUAUGGUGCAAACCGUUGUGGUCAAAUUGAAGGAAGCCAUUCGUGGCUUCGCGCUCCACAGGCCACAGCUCUUCCUCGCUCCCGACUCCUGGCCUGAGCUCAAGCCUGCACUACAGUCUUGUUUGCGCAGCGACAAUUUUCUGGAAAGUCGUCUUCUCCAGAGGCUGGAUCACGUGAACGAGCGAUCCAUGGGCGCGAACAAGCGUCACUACCGCGCCAAGCCAGACACUCGAGACUCCCUGGUCAAUACAUUGGAUAGUGCUACCGCUCCCUUUGACAUUGAUGCCUUGUCACAGAAGUUGUUCGCUCUAUCCACCGACUAUUCAGUUCUGGUCCCAGCGAUCUCGGAAUGGGCAACGAGUAGGUAUCGUUACGGUUCAGAACGGGUGUAUCUUGCGUGCCGUCUCUUACGGAAAUGGCAGAAGACGGGCCUAAGAUCCGAGGAAGCUCUGCUCGAAUUCGUUGGUAAAACGCAUGGCUCGCCAGAGUUGUUUGAUCCAGCGGCACUCCGGCAUUUCGCAGCCGAGCUUUCGCGCUCCAGAGCGUUCCCCACGAGCAAAUACCUGCAGUGGCUAAGUGUACGCGGAUUACCAUGGCCAAAAUCUGUCUUGAGGUCAGAGCAGACCGAUCUUCGGAACGAGAAGUACAUCAGACAGACUUGCAAGGACGGCAGCCUUUUAUUAACGGACUUGCUCUUCUCUGAGGCAGAAGGUCGCCAUUUGAACUUACGCAACUCACUUCUUGGCCGGGCCGGCUUCGAUACGGACCUUGAGAUUCAGACAACGCAGCGGCUGCAAAGUCUUGUGCGAGAUCUCAUGCAACAGGCUCACGAGAAUCUGCGGCUAUCCCAUUCGACUCAGCAAAUCACGGCUUUACUGAAGGACUGGAACUGGCGAGUUCGAUCCGCCCUGGCCCACGGUCUGCGCGGAUUCGUGGUUGCCAAGGUAAAGCACCAGACUCUCUUGAGGCAACAAGGGGCACCAGCUGAGGUGCAGGCUGCCAUUUCCUUGCAGCAAUUUGAGCUCAUUCGUACCUGCCUUGAGGCGAUUGGUGAUGAAGCUGUGCUUGCCGAUAUUGUCGGACUGUGCUCACAGACAUACACGGAAGAUCUGCAGGCAGCCUUGGUCCUCACUGUUCAUCGCCACGCACGCACAUUCUCCGCUGUAGGAGCCCUGGAGCCACUGCAAACACGACUGGUGCAGAACUACUUGUCUUUGCGCAAUGUCAAAGUGACGAUGCCCUUGUUCGCGACAGCUCUCUUGGGUCUGCAGACUGCCUAUCCUACCAGAGCCGGCUCUGUCAAGCUCUUCCAGUCCGAUCUGAUCAGAGGUGAUCGCAGUCGCGCGAUCGCUGCUUGCUCGCCCUUUAGUGAUGGUAUCGCAGAGUCGUUGCAGAACGCCGAGGAGACCUUCAUUAACGAUUUUGAGGCUGUGCUUCAGUCGGAGCCGAGCAUGACAGAGCAAACAAUGAGCCGUCUCUUCUCUUUGCUCACAGAACGAAUCGAUAAGCAGGCGGUCUCCAUUGAUCAAGACUUACUUUUUACGCAUUGCCAACUCAUGGCUCGCUUGAGGCUGUGUCGAAAGCAGCAAGGCGAUCAACUCAUUCGCAACUGGCUGGUCAAGCUGCUCUCGAUGAAUCCGACUGGUUUUGCUCAGACAUUAGUGUCAUACCUUCUCGAUGUCGGCGCUUUGAGUGUGCAAGCGCUGGUCGAUGCAUUCGCUGGCCACAAGAUGGCCGCGCCCAUUCUCCAGCACAUGUUUCCUGAUCAGCCCGCCCUUCGGCGAUAUGCUGUGUUGUCAAAAUGGGCCGACUUUGCAGACUUUCACCCGCAUCAAUUACUGAACCUCGCUAGCCAAAUGCCACGCAACUCAAGCUUCAGCAUGGACGAGCUUUGCAUCAGGAUUGUAUUGAAAGAUGGUGACGAGUUGACUAGGCCUGCACAGCUCAAUCUUUCCAGAUAUCUCAAUGGACUCGUUGGACACGGUCCUGGAGGUGAUAUUGGUGCCACCUUGGAAAGCAUGGAUGUUCUCUCGCUCCCUUUUGUGCGCCAUCAUCUACAGCUCAAUUCGAUUCACACGAUUGCAGGUGCUAGUCUGGCUGAUACCAUUGUGAAUGCUGCAGCAAAGGUUCAGGCGAAACAAGGCAAGUUACUGGAUGUUAGCCUGGAUCUGGAGCGGAUGGAACGUCUGCAGAUGCUCGUCGAUCAGGCCUUUCUGCUGUUCCCCACAAAUUCCUCGCCGGCGGCCAAGAACACAGCGCAACUUGUGGAGAAGCUGCAACAAUUCCUUAAAUUCUUAAGCAGCGCGGCGGGAGCGGCACAGGCUACCUCACCAUCAGCUUUCCACAGGCAAGCCGUAGCAUCCCCAGCGACACCUGGUCUGGGCACACCGACCUUCGGAAGCCAUCUCAUCCCACCCUCCUCACCAAUGGAUAUCUCAUCACGAGCAUUACCGUCUACCAUCAUCGAUUAUUUCAGGAUACUCCUGCAGCUCUUGUGUCUACAGAGACCAGUGCAAUUGUCCAACCGAGACCAAACUGGCAAGACACAAUCUCACCCCGAUCAUAUCAAGAUAUUGGCUUAUGUUGCACACAUUGCGAGUCAUACGGCAUUCAUGUUGCCUGCUGUCACUUUCCCUGACAACUUGCAGCUCCAGCAGCGCACUAGGGAGGUCGUCGAUUUCGCUUACGAUGUCAUGGCAACCUAUGUGGACGAUCUAACGGACGAGAACCGUGUCACUUGUGCGAGGAUCUUGAAGGACCGCCUCAGUCCUUCCGUUGGCGCAAAUCCUGGAGCGCUGAAUGGCGAGGGCACGUCGAACAGCAUCGCAGCCUUGCGAGAUUGUCAAGCCAAGACGAAGUGGUUGUUUGGCAGCGUCAACACCAUGGGCAGUGAUCUCCCGAACGCAGCAGAGAUGGGCUCAGGCCUGCUAGUUACCAAGCGAGCCUCAGACGGGAAGCCUGUAGCCAAUAACGCUGGCAACGUGGCGACUCUUGGACUUGCAGCCUUGAACACGGGCUUAACCUCAUCACAGCCAACAUCUGCGUUUAGUGGAAUCACUUCAGAAUGGAAGCCACGCAUUUGGGAGGUGCUGGAAUGUCAUGGCCGACCGGAUGGAGAGACUAGCCUCGGGCUGGGCCUCUUCGGUGCGCGUAGGCCGAUUCCAGUUGCAGCCAUACGUUGA